UUCUUUUUCUUUUUUAUAUAAAUAAAUAAAUCCAUUCGUUCUAUUUAUCACUCGUUCUAUCUAUAAUAAUGACCUUUACUAAUCAGCAACAACGACAAGAAGAAGAAGAAGAAAAAGACUAUUUUCAAGAAUACGAUAAUCAAGUAUUUGACACUUAUUGUAAACAAGAAGAAGAAGAAGAAGAUUAUGUAAUGGAUCCAAAUCUAUUUCAACUUAUUCUUGACGUACAAUCGUAUCUUACAGAGGCACCUAAGGAUUCUCCACUGCUUGCUCUUCAAUAUAAAAUGUAUACCUAUCUUAAACAACGUGCAUAUGAAUAAUAUCUUUCUAAUUAACUCUAAAAAUACCCCUUUCCUUUCUUUACUUUAAUAUAUUUUAUUUUAUUUUAAACGAUCAUUCUCUUUGAGAGCCUCUUAUUUUUAUUUUUUUAAGGGAGAAUUUAUACUUUAAUAAAAUAAAAAACUUAAUAUAUAAGCG